AUGGAUAUUUCAAGCGGGAUUUCUUCCUAUUUCAGCAGUACAAAGGUUGAAGCCUGGGGUUAUAUGGGUUGUCUAGAACAUUUAGCAAAAGUGUGUGCGCAUUUGACAUCAGGAGAUUAUGACGAAAUUCUUGACAAAUACAAGAACCAUUUAUUUUCAAUAAUCUCAUCUACAUCAUCGCUUAAAAAAGCAAAAGACAAAGCCCUUAGGCUGAAUGAUACUGCGGAACGUUCAUUUCAACGCAUAGAAGUUACCUCGUUUUUUAAAAGACUUGAUACGCAGUCUUGCCAAGAUCUCGUGGACGCAAAAGAAAAAUUAUAUGAAUCGAAACUGAAGUCACGUGCAUAUGACAGAUUUGUCGAAAGUACGGAUGCGAAAAAUGAUCGUUCAUCCAAACGCCUUAGACAAGAGACAAUAAUUUCAGAAGAGGAUAAAAAAAAAUCUGACACAAAUACAGUACCCAAAGCAGAUGACGAUAAUUUUGAUGCCCAUAGCUUCAUUGUGGAUUUGUCGCUAUCUUCAAAAAUAAGAGGGCAAUUUAGUAAUGAGGAGUGGGCCAAUUUAGUCAAAAGAAGACCUGAUGCGAUGGAUCUAUUACAAGCUCGCAAAAAAUGUCUGGAUGCAUUUGAAUUAUUUCGAAAUCCAUUGCAAAAUGAUUGUCACGAACGAGAAUGGACUGGUGAAUUAGAUGGCAAUUUCUAUGUUCCAUGGGGGGAGAUUUCUGUCCUAGCAUCCCUACGUCGCCGAAAUAAUGAUAAGGAUAUACUCAUCGAACAGCUUGAACGAAGCCACCAGGUGGAUCUUUUAUGCAAUUAUGAGCAGUAUGAGAUUGCCUGUGCACUAGCUUGCGGUGGACCUUAUUCCUACAAUUUAACUAAACUUGCUUCUGACGAGUUCAACCUUCCAAGAAUAAUGAAGGAUAUGCUUGAUGACCUGGAGUUAAAGCUUCUUAAGGCUGGAAAGGAUCAAUUACGACCGUAUAUAAUAGGAAUCCAGUCAUAUAUGACAGAGAUUCGAGUCUAUUUAAUGGAAAGACGUGAGAUAUACUUCCUCCAUCACCUAAAAUCUUUUAACCUCCCACUCACAUUUCCAACCUAUCACUACUUGAAAGUUGCAUUAAGAGUAGCAUGGAAUAUUCGGGGUUUGGUUAAUUCCUUGGUCCGGGAACUUGAGGAGACUAUUAUUAAUGACGAUAAUGAUGGAUUUAAAACUCCCCCAACUGUGUUGUCAAAUAAUAUGAAGACCAACGAAACACCACCAAAGCAACCAAAGAAAAAGAAAACAGAGAAUUAA